AUGCUUUGCGAAGCAUGCGAGAAGAUAUUUUGUGGCCGUCAAAUGUUGAGUAAUUCAGUUCGCCUCUGGAAAACUAAUCCUCAUCAUUCUUCUUUGCAAUCAAUUAUUGAUGCUUCGGCCUCUGGAUGUUGGAUUUGUUAUCGACUGCUGGCAUCUUUCAGCAAUAAGACAGAUUAUAAGGCUGCAAUCGCAGGAGCGUCUCCUUUGAUUACACCUUCAACGUGGAAGUUAAAUCACGCAUCUGACCAACGAUGUUGGUGCCUUCAGUUUCUUUUUGGAGACAAUUAUCAUGAAUUCACCGUAAUGUCACACGAAAAGUAUGGAGGGCCAGACACAAAUCAUGCGUCGAUCGCAGGCGAUACUACAAUGUCAGAUGCUGCACUGUCACAAGCCUCGAAGUGGUAUCGUGAAUGCUUAUUGAAGCAUACCACUUGCAACACUUCACUGGUAUCCAAGUGCCUCAUGCCAACUAGACUGCUUCGAAUUGAUGGAAGCGAAAAAUAUGUCAGGCUUGUUCUGACAAAGGAAGAAGUGGUCCAGGACUCACAUUACUCAACCCUGAGUCAUUGCUGGGGAAACUCUGAUAUUUUAAAGCUUACAAUUUCGAAUCUAGAAAGUUUGAAGGCUGGUAUCUCUCUCGAGCGACUCCCGAAGACGUUUAUUGAGGCCAUAUUUGUUGCUAGAAAGUUGUUCAUUCCUUACAUAUGGAUAGACUCACUUUGUAUCAUUCAGGACUCUGAAGAUGAUUGGCAGGCUGAAUCUGUCUCGAUGGAAGAUGUCUAUGGCAGCAGUAGUCUGAACAUUAUGGCUACUGUCUCGAAAAAUAGUCAUGAGGGUCUUUCUCGACCUCGAGACCCCAGGAUGUUGGAGACAUGUCCAGCAAUCCAGUCAAGAUGGGAAGAUGCUAAGAACGAUCUAUUCUAUCUAUUCAACAAAAAAAUCUGGAGAGAAAAACUGUACAGUGGACCACUGCUAGUGCGAGGUUGGGUUUUGCAAGAACGUGUCUUAUCACCUCGUUCACUCCAUUUUCGUGAUAGUGAACUACUCUGGGAAUGCAGGGAGAUAGCCAGUUGCGAAACAUAUCCAGCAGGGCUACCAGAAGCUUGCGAGCAGGAGAAUUUCAAGAUCCGACCACUCUCGGGCUCUGAUUUAUAUGAAAGGAAGCAUUUGAUAGACGGGGCUCAGAAGACCAUGAAAGGCAUUGCUUAUGAUAGAUGGAGCCGGUGGGUUACUCUUUACAGUGGAACACAUCUAACGAGAGAUUCGGACAAACUAGCUGCAGUCAGUGCGCUGGCCAAGUGCACACGGGCAGUUUUAGAUGACGUCUAUAUGGCAGGCCUUUGGAGAUCUAUGUUUGCCGAUCAACUUCUCUGGUGCGUUUGUUUCACUUCUCGCCCAAAAGACUAUCGAGCACCCACUUGGUCUUGGGCCUCGGUUGAUGGCGUUGUUAUCCUUCCUUCCAUCCGUCCCAAUACCAAAUAUCACAUUGAGAUCGAUGAGGUACGAGUGACGCCCGUUUCCGGCGUCGAUGACACUGGUUCCAUUUCGGAUGGAUAUUUUCGUGCGCGGGGACUGCUAAUACGUGACAAACUUGUCAACGACCAGAGAAAUCCUGGACUUCACUCCCUCGCCGGGAACGAUAAAGGUACAGUUCUGACUAUAGAACUGGAUGUGCCGUUCGACCAAUGCAGAGAAAAGGUGAUAGUCGUUCCCAUCUUGACAAACUUGGAUGGACCGGGUCAUGAGGAUUAUUGGUUUCAUGCAUUACUUCUUCAGGAGCGGGCGAUGUCACCAAAUGGCUUCUACACGCGGAUAGGCCUUGUGUCGGCCGACCAUAGUUAUGUAAAGAAUAAGAUGGGCUUGGACCAUCCCCAAAGUCUGUCCAAGUUAAAGUUUCCAGGGAACCAUGGCGGUUCGAGUUCUAAAUCAAACAAUUCGACCCAAGAUGGGGGAGGUGCAGAUUUCGACGUUGAGUUGGAUGAGAGUUUGUAUCUAGAGGGUUCACUGGGAUCUUUUGUGGUUUAUUGA